ACUAUUUAUUCGCCUUCCAAAGAAGAUGGGAAUUUUGGUUUUGUAAAUGAGGUAUAUAAGACUUGGUUAUUUCCAUCAAAAGGGUGAUCAUGGCUACAGAAGAGACAAGACAGGAUUUUAAUAUAGAUUUGUUAAUAGAUCUUUUACAAGCUAUACCUAGUCGACUUGGUUUAGACAAUAAAGAAACGUUUCAUGAAGAUGCAGCUAUGUUUUACAACAAACAUUUCACAAUUGAGAAAAAACCAUUGAUGGUUCCACCUAUGUUCAUCUAUAGAGAGGAGUUUGAACCAGCGACCAAACGAAGGAAGUUUCGUGAUGACUUCACAAGAGGGGAUGAUGCGGAACAUAUCAUUUACAAAAGAUUAGAAAACCUUAAUGAACCAAUGGUCAUAUUGAGGGAUCUGGAUUUCACAGAUGUUUUCACAGCACUAGAGCGAAAAAAGCUCAAUUUGAAUUAUGAUAAAAGUGGACAAUCAGACUUUUUUAUAAUCCACGGAGGAGGUGUCAUUUGCAUACAGGUUAAAGCUGUGGCUGGUCAACAGGAAAGAAUAGUGAGUAGACCUAUAAAAAGAAAGGUGAAAGACCUCAAAAAUCAAUUAGACAAAGAUGAGAAAUUGCACAGAGAAGUAAUCCAAAGAGUGGUAGGAAUUGUUGAACAAGACCUACAGAUACAACUGGUAGCUUCAACACCAAAUACUGACCUACUGCCAGCCUCAAUGCAGGACCAAAAAUACAUCUACCUGCAGCACAAAGAUGUUGUAAAUGAUGAAGCAUUUAAGGAUUGGUGGAGUAAAACAACCAACAAUAUGGAACCCAUGAGUGACAAACAUUUCCAGCUUCUUAUUCAAAGCUAUAUAUACAUCAGACACUUGGUGUACACAGGAGAUAUAACAAAACCUCCAGCAUCCAGGAGUCAGGCUGUAGCAGCUAUUUCCGCUAAAACAGAAAAGUGGCUUCUGAUGACGCCGGAACAAUUGAAACUACUAAUGGAUACUAGAAGGAUGUUGUACAUAGAAGGGCCUGCAGGAUCCGGUAAGACCCAACUGCUGGAAUUAAAGGUGAGAAUGAUAAAGGAGUUCAACCCAGAUGACUCUGUCCUGAUUUUAUGUUGGAAUAUGGCAAUUGUUGAAAAGUUGGACACGUAUAUGAGGAACAAUGCCAUACUAAAAGUAACAGUAAAAACAGUAUUAACUUAUGUUCGUGAUUUAGCCUUAAAAGAGGACCUUAUAAAGGCGACAGAAAUUUAUCCAAGUCGUCCAAAGUUGAGUUUUUUACUCAAAAUAAUACAUCGCAUGCAGACAUACACACAUGUAUUUGUGGAUGAAGGCCAGGAUUUUGAAGAGGACUGGCUAAAGCUACUUCAAGCAAGAGCGCUGGAGCCAAAAAAUCUUCCAGGCUCUUUUUGGGUAUUUUGUGACAGAAGCCAAUUAAUGAGCAAUGGUAAUGUAGUUCAGGACAAAGUUGCAGAUAGGCAGUGUAAAGUGGUAACACUAACAAAGGUUAUGAGAAUGUCUGUUGAGGUUUAUAAUCUAUGUGUUAAAUAUCAAGACACAUCAUAUGGGCAGGAAAUCACAAUUGGACAUAGAGUGCAAGGGCCAAAAGUUGAAAUUGAGACUCAUAGCCAAACAUCUUUAGACAAUUUCAAGGCAUUGGUUUGGUUAUUAAAACAACUAAAAAAUGAAUCACAUGAGCUAGAAGACAUAACUGUUCUCCUGCAAUCCCAAAAAACGGUUGAUGCAUUUUUACAACAAAUGAAUCAAAUAACUGUCCAAAAUGCUGAAGAAAAAGCGAAAGGGGGGCGUUGCUUAACAGUUGAUAGCGUACAAAGAUUCAAAGGAUUAGAAGAUAGGGUGAUCAUUCUCUAUGACCCAAAAUAUGUGAAUGAUGAAUAUCCUUUCACAGUGAAGA